AUGAUGAACUUCCAACCCAAUGCCAGUCAAACUGAAAAGAUCCCCAAGUCUGUACUUAGCAUCAUCUUGCAGAUUGUCAAGCUCAAUGAGAACAACUGGGCCAUUUGGGAACCCAUGUUCAUGGAUUGCAUUUGCCCAAUCAAAAAUGCCAAGUGUACCCUCACUGGAGAAAUCCUGGUUGGCCAUGAUGACUAUGACAAAGAACUAGACAAGCAUGAUGAGGAGGAACAGCUAGGUUCCUCACUGUAUAAGAAGCUCAGAGCUGCCCUCACAAUUAAUGAUGAAGUAAAACUCUCUGCCAUUCAUGAUCACAUCCAUGAAAUCAAGCUACUCAACCACAAUGUCAUCAACCUGGGUAAGGAACUUGACAAGAUCUGGAAUGAUGCUGCCAGGCUUGGUAAUCAUAUGGAUGAAAAGCUCAAGAAAUCAACCCUCUACUGCUGCAUCAAGGAUGACUGGCUAUACACCCAAACUGUAGACUCCCUCAAGGCCACUCAACCUGGUUGCAACUAUGAAUAUGCAUAUCAUGCACUAGCCAAGAAGUGCCAAGAAGCCGAGCUCUCAGCUACACAUCACAUGGUACAUGAUGAGGAUAAGCUCAUUGCUCCAACACUGAAGCAAGGAUCCAUAGAUACUGCUGGGCAUGAAUGGUUGCAAGUGCAGGCAAUAGGCAAUGCAACCUUGCAAGUAGGAGACAUUAAGAUACCACUCACUGAUGUACUUCACAUUCCCAACCUUAGCAAGAACCUAUUGUCCAUCCCAGUGCUGACUGAAAAUGGUGCAUGUGUGAUAUUUGAGGAGUCUGGAGCCACUAUCCUCCAGCAUGAUGGAAGCAUGGUCAAGAGCAAGACCAACCAACACAAGAAGAGAUGGGAAAUCUAUGGCAAUUCCCUAGCAGCACAACUCAACAACCCCCUCGAGGGCCUUGACAACAACAUCAUGCCAGCAGAGCCCACAAGCUCUACCACCAGCAAGCUAUGGCACAAAUGA